AUGGUCACGCAACAACUCGAACAGACUCAAGCUAAAAUGUCUGUUUGGGAUGUGCUUGUUCAUUCCACUCGACAUCGAGAAGGACUCAUCCAAGCCCUCUCCCACCUGAAAGUUUCCUCCGGUAUAACCCCAGAUGAGCUUGUGGCACUCAUUAAAACCAUACCCAUCAAGCAUGCUAUAACCUUUACCGACCGAGAUCUGCCUUCUAAAGGGACAGAUCACAAUAAGCCACUCCAUCUCACUCUGAAAUGCCAUGGCAAAUGGGUCCCCGUGAUUUUAAUUGACAAUGGGUUAGCCAUCAACGUUUGCCCAUUCCGCGUUGCUUACUGCUUAGGGUACAAAAAGAAGGACUUCUCUCCAUCAGAAGUCAAGGUCCAAGCAUAUGACAACACUCGUCGCGAUGUGGUUGGAACCCUCAUGCUCCCUAUGACUUUUGGAUCCUAUCAAACUAAGGUGCAAUUUCAUGUGAAAAUCCGUUUAGGACUUGAGACCGGAAUGCUCACCAUUCACAGAGACUCUGGGAUCCGCGCACCUACUGAAGACAAUGCCCCACUUUUGGAAAUCCAGCAUGGGGAAGAAGACAUUGCUUUGGAAGGUUUCUCGUUGGAUACUUCCAAUGUUGUCUUCUCGGUCAGAAUUGAUGACGACUUUGUCAUUAGUAAUGUAGCCAUAAAGAUAAUGAAGAAAAUGUCCUACAUGCCAAGUCUAGGACUGGGAAAGAACCUCCAAGGGCCUGCGAAGUUUGAGGCCCGCGAAACCCUCAUUCGCACUACCGGCCUUGGUUAUUCACCCUCAAAUGGCAGUAAGACAAACAAGGGAGAUAGACUAGAAGACUAUUUUGUUAAAGAGAAAACAAAGCAGGUCUACCAAGGUCAACUAGAACCAUUUUGGGAUAAGGAAACUAAUACUCUACUGCCAGGAUUUGAGAUAUUUGCCAACGAUGUUUGGCCAGAAAAUGAGGAAGAAUUUAAGGCUGAAAAGGUACCAGGGAAGCCAACUGAUUGGAUUGAGGUCUUCAACAUGAGGAGUCUAGCGGUCCUGUUCAAGGAGGACGAGCCAAUGUGGUCUGACGCUGAGUCCAAAUCUGAGUCCGAGUCUUCUGAGUCUUCCGAGUCUGUUGAGUCGGAGUUGGUGCCUCUUGGCCCCACUCCUCAUGGUCUGUACUUUGAAUUUGAGUCUACCUGUGUGUAUGGUGCCCCAGAGGCUUUCGCUAGCGAUGAAAUAAAUGAAUCUGAUUUCGCUUACUUCCCUGACUUUAGAAUAAAUUGUGUCGACCCUGAUGAUGAAGAGAUUGAUUUCGAUGGGGAUUGUCAAGCUCUCACAAGUUUGUUGAAAGAAUUCGAAGAUGUUUUCGUGUGGUCACAUGCGGACAUGCCCGGAAUCGAUCCCGAAAUUGUGGGGCAUCAGAUUCCCCUUUACCCUGAUGCAAAACCCGUAAAGCAGAAACUGAGACGUAUGAGACCUGAUUGGGUGCUUAAGAUAAAGGAAGAAGUCACUAAACAGAUCAACGCAAGGUUUCUAAUGGUAACUGAAUACCCUCAAUGGGUCGCAAACAUUGUACCCGUCCCUAAAAGGGAUGGUAGGAUUAGGGUCUGUGUUGAUUUCAGGGACCUCAACAAAGCAAGCUCGAAAGAUGACUUCCCAUUACCACACAUUGAUGUACUGGUUGACAACACUGCUGGACAUGCCUUGCUUUCCUUCAUGGAUGGCUUUUCGGGGUACAACCAGAUCCUAAUGGCCCCAGAAGAUCGGGAGAAAACCACGUUUGUCACUGAAUGGGGAACCUACUGCUAUCGGGUAAUGCCUUUUGGACUAAAGAAUGCUGGAUCCACCUAG